ACAGAUGAUGGCCCCUACGCGAAGGGGAGAAAGGAAACGGCAGCAUCCGAAACAACAGUGUGCGCAAGGAGACAGAGCAUACCAGAGGAGCUGAAGGGAAUUACGAUGGUGGACCUCAUCAAGAAAGAAGGCUGCACCCUGGGGCUGACGAUAUCUGGUGGGACUGACAAAGAUGGCAGGCCCCGAGUAUCGAACCUGCGACCUGGAGGAUUGGCUGCCAGGAGUGACCAGCUAAAUAUUGGAGACUACAUCAAGUCAGUUAAUGGGAUCAACUUGACCAAACUCCGGCACAACGAGAUUAUCAGCCUGCUGAAGAACGUGGGAGAACGGGUGGUCCUUGAAGUGGAAUAUGAGCUUCCCCCUGUUGCUUCAGAUAGCAACUCAAGAGUUAUUCCAAAGACCAUUGAGAUCUCGCUCUACAAGGAAGGGAACAGCUUUGGCUUUGUGAUGAGGGGUGGAGCCCAUGAAGACUGGAACAAGUCUCGUGCAUUGGUGGUGACCCACGUGAGGCAUGGUGGGCCUGCGGAUAGAGAGGGGACGUUGAAAGUUGGGGAUCGGAUAUUGAGUGUGGAUGGGAUUUCACUUCACAAUGUCACUCAUGGAGAAGCCCUCAACAUCAUGAGGCAGUGUGGGCAAGAAGCCAUCUACCAGAUCGAGUAUGAUGUCAACGUCAUGGAUUCUGUACUCAAUGCCUCCGGACCUUUACUGGUGGAAAUCACAAAAACUCCGGGUUGCACACUGGGAAUGUCACUGUCCAGCGGGACCCAUCGCAACAAACAAGUCAUUGUCCUUGACAAGAUCAAAGCAGCGAGCAUUGUGGACAGAUGUGGAGCGUUGCACGUUGGUGACCACAUCUUGUCGAUUGAUGGGAUGAGCACUGAACAUUGCACUGUGUUGGAAGCUACCCAGCUCCUGAGCAGCACCUCCGACAACGUUAAGCUGGAGAUCCUGCCAGUGCACCAGAGUCGGCUGUCACUGAAGCCGACAGAGCAAGUUAAGAUUCAGAAGAGUGACCACCAUCAUUGCUGGGACCCCUGUGUCAACUACUGUCACACCUAUCAUCCAGGGCAUUGCAAGACACCAACCUGGAAUGCAGCAACCCCUCUCUCCAACUCGGACUACUGCAAAUCUCUAGUACCAGCCAGUUGUUCUCCUCCUUCAUCCGGCACAUCAGGUUUCAGCUCCCAGAACACAAACACGCUGACGCGCAAUAUUCUUCCCAUGAGCCCGCGAGCAACUAUGAUGAGGCGGAGAAUGAGAAGGAAAGAGUAUAAAAGUUCACUGUCACUGACUUCGAGCACAAUAGGCCCGGGAGGACAAAUCGUCCACACGGAGACAACGGAAAUCUUUCUGAAAGGGGAUCCGCUGAAUGGAUUUGGUUUGCAACUUCAGGGAGGAAUCUUUGCCACCGAACCCCUCUCGUCUCCACCACUCGUACGGUUUAUAGAACCAGACAGUCCUGCUGAAAGAUGUGGACUUGUGCAGGUGGGCGAUCGGGUGCUCUCCAUUAAUGGCGUGCCAACUGAAGACGGGACCUUGGAGGAGGCCAACCAGCUGUUACGAGAUGCGGCUCUCUCCAACAAAGUAACCUUGGAGAUAGAGUUCGAUGUGGCAGAAUCGGUUAUUCCCAGCAGUGGGACUUUUCAUGUGAAACUCCCCAAGAAAAGAGGAGUUGAGCUCGGCAUUACCAUCAGCUCUGUCAGCCGGAAGCCUGGGGAUCCACUGAUUAUCUCCGAUAUUAAAAAGGGUAGUGUAGCACACCGAACUGGGACUCUGGAACCAGGGGACAAACUCUUAGCCAUUGAUAACAUCCGACUUGAGAACUGCUCGAUGGAGGACGCUGUGCAAAUCCUGCAGCAGUGUGACGAACUAGUCAAGCUGAAGAUUCGAAAGGAUGAGGACAACUCAGAUGAACAGGAAAGUACCGGGGCCAUAAUAUACACUGUGGAACUGAAGAGGUACGGUGGGCCAUUGGGAAUCACCAUUUCUGGGACUGAGGAGCCUUUCGACCCCAUCGUGAUCAGUGCCCUCACCAAGAAAGGCCUGGCCGAAAGGACUGGAGCCAUUCACAUAGGGGACAGGAUAUUAGCCAUCAAUGCAGUAAGCCUGAAAGGUAAACCGCUGAGUGAAGCCAUCCACCUGCUCCAAAUGGCGGGGGAGACAGUCACCUUGAAAAUCAAGAAGCAAGCAGACUGUUCUUUUUCGAAGAAGCCCAGUGCUGUAUGUGAACUGAGUGACCCUGAAGAUGAGCUCCCUGACUCUCAGAAGACCAACAAACUCUCCAAAGUCCACUCAAACACCAUUCCAAGUAUGGACAGUGCCAUGGAAUCAUGGGAUGGCUCAGGGCUGGAAGGGGCCUUUGGAAGCCACGCUUCCUACCAUCACCAAACGGCAGGGAUUGUGCCACGUCCUCAUGAGUGUCAGGACACAAGUCGGAACAAUAGCCCGGCACCGCGUGCCAACCGUCGGAAGAGCUACCCCUGUACAGAUGGUGGUUUCAGCGAGGAUGACUGGGACAAGACAGCUCGAUACCUUAGUAACCACAACGGACACGAGCAGAACCAGGAAGACACUUUUUGGUCUCAGGCCCUGGAAGACUUAGAAACGUGCGGACAAUCAGAACUGUUAAGAGAAAUUGAGGCUUCUAUAAUGUCUGGAAGUGAACUGACUUUGGGGAUUGAAGGCCACCCAUCAGAAGCUGUAAACCACUCAGUGCUGGGGAAGCUGCAGGAAGAGGGUCCGCUGGAGGGUAGUGAGGAACAGAAUGAGUGCCCGGUGGUGCCCACGCUGGGAAAGGAAAAAAGAUUGGAACUGAAGAAAAUUAAGGAAGAGGUUACGCCAACCAGUCCUGCUGAAUUGCACAAGAUCACCAUCCACAAGAGCUCCGAGAAUGAAGACUUUGGCUUUAGUAUCUCUGAUGGCCUCUUAGAGAAAGGGGUUUAUGUCAACUUGAUAAGACCCAAUGGUCCUGCUGAGGGAAGUGGGCUUCAGCCCUACGACCGGAUAUUGCAGGUCAAUCACGUCAGGACGAGGGACUUUGACUGCUGCCUGACAGUGCCCCUUAUCUCCGAGUCGGGGGACAGGCUGGACUUGGUGGUCAGCCGGAAUCCCCUGGCGCUGACCACCCGCACCAGGUCCGAAGAUUGUGAGCGCUCGCGAAAUGGCCACCGCCUCUUGCAGCGGGCGGGGUUCAGGGAGAGCAGGAAGAACACCAGGUCGCUGUGA